GUAUUUACAUAUUUUUUUUUUCAAUUUGUUGAUAUAGAUAUUUAUAUUAUACCAACGGAUGACAUAAAAUUAUUUUGUACUUGUGGAUGGGUAAUGAUACAACUGAAACUUGUCUUAAAAACACUAUGCUUAAUUAUUUGGUUAAUUUUGAUUUUUGAUAUCGUGGCAACGCCAAUCAGCUGUUGCGUUCUGUUUUAUAUUCUACAUAUGCUUUGUUUGCAACAACAUUUAUUGCUAUUUUAAAUAAUGGGCAAAAAAAAUAAAGGUGGCGGCAAAAAAAGAUGGAAGAUCCAUAAGCACCGCUCUAAAAAAGCCAAACACCAAUCGUCGCUAAAAAAAAGAACUUCAAUAUAUCAAUCGGCAUCAAAAACAAACACGUGCCCAGCGGCAAUGGGAAAUGAGGCGCUUCCAGGAGCCUCUUGUUCCAGCGCAGCUCGGGAGAUGGAAAAAUACUUUGAAAAUGGAGCAAAUCUGGCGUAAUAUCUGUGCUCACUACGAUGUUCCGGAGGAUGUGACCAAUGUCUGGUUUGCACGCAUCGAACAGCAUCUGAGCGAAGAUAGUCCAACUCGAGCCUACCACAACUGGCAGGAGAUGAUGCAGCGCAAGCAUGAGCAUCUAUCCGACUGUGCACCGAGCAUUGCUUUGGCUGCCUUCUUUCAAUAUUAUCACUUCGAUGGCAAUCGCAGCUGUGUGCAACAGAAUUGCGAAGUGUUCGAGGAAUUUUGUCGCGAUGCUAUGAUUGAGGAUGAGCAUGCCAAGUCGCUUGUCUGCAAUCUGUUGGGUCGCAAGACGCCUGACAAUGAGGUCACCUGGUCGCAUGAUGACGAAGCCAAUUUGUUGCAGGAUGUUGAUUUGGUUGUGUUGGCUGCUCCGCCAGAGGAAUAUAAACACUAUACUCAACUGUUGCGUCAUGAAUACGCCAAUCUGGAUGAUGAGAGCUAUAAAAUGAUGCGUGUCAAGGUCUUGGAGACUCUGUUGCUAAUACCAUGCAUAUAUGCAACAACAGAAUACCAUGAGAAGUACGAGGAGCUGGCACGUGCCAAUAUACGGAAUGAGAUACGUGAGCUUAAGCAGUAAACGGUUUGGAUGGAAAGUAGUUAGUCAACGAUUAGGGAUCAGGAACUCCCAGUCAACAGUAUACAAUAUGCAGCUUUUGUCUACAAAUUUGUGUGUGUGUUACCUUUUUAUAUAACUAAAUGUUGUCAAGAAACUGGAUUUUUUUCUAAUCUAAUUGAUGAAGGAUGUGGACAUUGAGAAGAAGCCGAUUUAUCUAAAGUGUAUCAUUCGAGUGAUAUAAACGAUCUUAGCUAGCUGAAUUUACAAGCGAUGCGCCAAUCAUAUUUAAGUUAAUGCCA